CCAGGCCCUAUGAAUUCCUUCUUCAGUGUGACUGACUGACGAUGGGACAGACCCAAUCUGGAUGCUCUCUGCUGGCCUUAAUAACUGACCAUUUCAAAGAAGUUAGAGCUCGAGCUCAUAAUCUGAGUGCAGAAAUUUAAAAAUCUCGGAUGGUUAUCUUUUGCAGUGCUGAAUGGCCCAGCUUUAACGUAGGCUGGCCUCCUGAAGGGACUUUCGACUUAAGGACUGUCCAGAGAGUCCGAGAAAUCAUCCUUAGACCUUGAAGCGGACAUCCAGACCAGGUCCCAUAUAUCCUGGUUUGGGAAGAUUUAAUAGUCAGCCCAACCCCUUGGAUCCAACCCUUUUUACCUCCACAGGCAGCAGCAGCCACGGAGAUCCUAGUGGCUGAAGAAAAGAAAAAGCCUCCGGCUGCCCCCUCUGCCCCUGUUUUACAGGAAGAGUCGACUCUUGAUCUCCUUAUCACACCUCCACCAUAUUCUCUCCCUCCUCCUAUUCAGCUCGAACCCCCACUCCCCCAACCUUCCCCAGAAGCAGCUGGGGGAGGACCUGCAAUGAACACCCGAAAUCGUAGGGCCGCCUCCCCCAGGGGGCCUGCCAACUCUACUUCAGCAGCUAUUCUUCCUCUCAGGGCUCUGGGUCCCCCUGAUGCUGAUGGAAAUCAGCCCCUUCAAUAUUGGCCCUUUUCUACUAGUGAUUUAUACAAUUGGAGGACCCAGAAUGCCCCAUUUUCAGAGAGACCUAAAGAGCUUAUUAAUUUGUUAGAAACUGUUCUGUUUACUCAUCAACCUACGCGGGACGAUUGUCAGCAGCUACUCCAGAUAUUAUUCACCACAGAAGAAAGAGAAAGGAUCCAGCUAGAGGCGCAGAAACUGGUGCCAGGAGAUAAUGGGCAACCCACGGCUAACCCUGCGACGAUUAACUCUUCCUUCCCUUUGUCUAGGCCACAGUGGGACUAUAACAUGGCGGAAGGUAAGGAGCGGCUCCGGGUCUACCGCCAGGCUCUGUUGGGGGGUCUCAAAGCGGCCGCUCGCAGGCCCACUAAUUUGGCUAAGGUAGGUAAUGUACAGCAAGGGAGAGAAGAGAGUCCUGCGGCGUUCCUGGAGAGGCUGAUUGACGCAUUCUGUCAGUACACUCCCAUGGACCCUGAGGCGGAGGAUACUAGGUCAGCCUUAAUGAUGCAUUUUAUUAAUCAGUCAGCCCCAGAUAUAAGGAAGAAGUUACAGAAGAUAGAUAGAUUAGGUGAAAGAUCUAUUCAAGAUCUGAUGGCAGUAGCAGAGAAAGUUUAUAAUAACCGAGAGACACCUGAAGAGAAGCAGACUAGAGCCGCCGACCGGCAGACCCGAAAUAUGGCUCGCAUUCUCCUGGCCGCCACCAGCGCCCAGCCGAAUGAACAAGAGAAGAGACUGAGACAACUGGCAGAAGGUAAGCCGAAACCUAACCUCCAGGGAAAACCAAAGUUAGGACGGAACCAGUGUGCAUAUUGUAAAAAAGAAGGACAUUGGGUUAAGGAUUGCCCUAAAAAGUUCAAACAAGGAACCAACGUUUUGGCUCUGGGGGACCUGAGCGACUAGGGGAGACGGGGCCCGGAACCCCUCCCUGAGCCCAGGGUAACCUUAAAAGUGGAGGGGACCCCAAUUGAGUUUUUAGUGGACACUGGGGCCGAACAUUCUGUCCUGCUUGACCCACGGGGAAAACUCUAUUCAAAGACUUCAUGGGUGCAGGGGGCCACUGGUAUGAAUAAAUACUCAUGGACUACCCGAAGAAACCUAGAUCUGAGCACAGGCCGGGUAUCCCACUCUUUCAUGGUCAUACCAGACUGCCCCUACCCACUGCUUGGCCGAGACUUUCUAACCAAAAUAGGAGCCCAGAUCCAUUUCUCACCUGAGGGGGUGAAUGUUAUGGACCCGGCCGGUAGGCCGGUACAAGUUCUAACCAUGCAAAUAGAAGAUGAGUACAGAUUACACCAAGGCCCCUCCGAAGUAGCCCCUGAGGCUGAUAUGCAUCAGUGGCUUAAUGAAUACCCACAAGCCUGGGCAGAAACUGGAGGUCUAGGCUUAGCCAAACAUCGGCCCCCAAUCUAUAUUGAAUUAAAACCAGGAGCAGAGGCCGUCAGAGUCAAGCAAUAUCAGAUGCCACAAGAGGCUCAAAGGGGUAUUCGCCCUAACAUACGCAGGCUGUUGGCUCAGGGCAUCUUACGCCCAUGCCAAUCCAAUUGGAAUACCCCGCUUCUCCCAGUCAGAAAGCCGGGGUCCAAUGACUACAGGCCAGUGCAGGAUUUGAGACAAGUUAACCAACGGGUGAUGGACAUCCACCCCACAGUACCAAACCCCUAUACUCUUUUGAGCUCCUUGAACCCCAAUCACCAGUGGUAUACAGUACUGGACUUAAAAGAUGCUUUUUUUAGCCUCCCCCUGGCACCCAAAAGCCAGAAUAUUUUCGCCUUCGAAUGGUCAGAUCCAGAGGAAGGCAUUCAUGGGCAACUAACUUGGACGAGACUACCACAAGGAUUCAAGAACUCGCCCACGAUCUUCGAUGAAGCAUUACAUGAGGACCUGGGUGAGUACCGUAUCCAACACCCACGGGUUACCUUGCUACAGUAGGUGGACUACCUUUUGUUGGCCACAGAAUCCCAACAAACCUGUCUGGAGGCAACCAGAGACUUGCUGUAUACUUUAGGUGAGCUGGGAUAUCGGGCCUCUGCAAAGAAAGCACAAAUUGGCAGACAAGAGGUUCAUUACCUGGGAUACCUAUUAAAAGAAGGACAGCGGUGGCCGUCCAAAGCUAGAAAAGAGACUGUGUUAAAGAUCCCUAAGCCCCAGAGUCAACGCAGAAUUAGAGAAUUUCUGGGGUCUGCUGGAUUCUGUAGAUUAUGGAUCCCAGGUUUUGCUGAAAUGGCAAAACCACUAUACCAGGCAACAAAAGAGACUAUACCAUUUGCCUGAACAGAGGAAAUGGAUAAAGCCUUCCAGGACAUUAAGGCAGCCCUCCUGUCAGCCCCUGCCCUAGGUCUACCUGACGUCACUAAGCCCUUCCUUCUCUAUGUAGAUGAGAACAGAGGGGUAGCCAAAGGGGUGUUACUCCAGAAACUGGGACCUUGGGAAAGACCAGUGGCAUAUCUUUCAAAAAAACUGGACCCAGUGGCUAGUGGAUGGCCCCCCUGCUUGCGUAUGGUGGCUGCAGUGGCCUUGUUAGUAAAAGACGCUGGCAAAUUAACCCUGGGACAAGAACUGCAAAUAACAAACCCUCAUGCCAUAGAGGGUAUAUUGAGACAGCCUCCAGAUCGAUGGAUCAGUAACGCUAGACUGACCCAUUACCAGGGACUACUACCAAAUCCUACCAAGAUCAUUUUUCAGCCGCCAACUACUUUGAACCCAGCCUCACUCCUGCUGGAUCCAGACGUGGACGCUCCACUACAUGACUGUGCUGACAUCCUGGCUCAAGUAUGUGGGAUCCGGGCUGAUCUGAAAGACGUCCCCCUUCUGGAUGCUGAACUGACUUGGUACGCGGAUGGGAGCAGCUUCGUACAAAAUGGACAAAGGGACAAAAAAAAAAUGCAGGACCUCGUCAGAACUGCAAAGAUUGUCAUCAAAGACUACCAGGCGAAAACAGAAAAUUGCCUCGGACUGUAAGGCUUGCCUGCUAACAAACCCAACCAAGACUUCAGGAGCAACUAAAGGAGCCAGAGAAAGGGGAACACGCCCUGGAGCCUACUGGGAAGUAGACUUUACUGAAACUCCUCCAACGGGUGCACAAGGACAUUUGGAAACGGCUAGAAGCCCUAUACCUCACCAAGCCACCUCCUGAACCGCAUCGUUUUUGGCCAGGAGAUUGGGUCUAUGUGCAAAGACACCACUCAGGCACCCUCGAACCACGCUGGAAAGGACCCUACUCCAUCAUCUUAGUCACACCAACGGCCCUCAAGGUAGACGGUAUCUCAACGAGGGUCCACUUCUCGCGGGUGAAGCCUGCUGAUCCUUUCACCGACAUCCACGAGGUUCUGCCACAAUGGAGAGUCUCCAAGUAUCCGGACAAUCCACUCAAGCUAAAACUUCAGAAACGCCCCAAAAGACUAUCUCUCUCUUAAGGUACUUUGUGCUCUGGGCAGCCAUCCAGGGGCUUACCUCAGCCAAUCCCCAUCAUCCGGUUAACAUGACUUGGAUGGUCUACAACCCUGAGACCGGAGAAAUACUUAAUUCGAGUUCCAACGUAGCCCCCAAAGGGACAUGGUGGCCCAUAUUGACCUUUGAUUUAUGCGUCCUAGUGGCCAACGGUAACGGCUUUGGUCCCCACCAACUGACCGACUUUUUUGCUCAUGGCUCCUAUGGCUUAUUCACCCGUAAUUGUGAGGGUAAGGGCCUACAUUAUUAGGAACAAGUGCCUGUCUAUGUCUGCCCCGGGGGAGGAAGGGAUCAGAACCAAAUUGAUAAAUGUGGGGGAGUUGAUUCUUUUUAUUGUGCCGCUUGGGGAUGUGAAACUACAGGAACGGUCCAUUGGCUCACCAACUCUGACGAAGACCUCAUUCAGGUAAAAUCACCCCCGAACACCCAAAAAUGCCCCUCUCAGGGAGUAAAAUCUAAACCUGGACAAUGUUUUCCAUUACAGAUUGAGUUCACAGAUAAAGGGAAAAAGUUUACCAGGUGGGAUUUUGGCCGAGCCUGGGGCCUCCGUCUCUACAAGACCGGAUAUGACACUGGAGUCCGGUUUGAGCUUAAAUUAAAGCUGGGACCAAACCAGGUGAUAGCCCCAAAACCUUCUUCCCAAGAGAUAACCCCAAAACCUCCCUCCCAGAACCAAAGUCGGGAUACUGGACCUACUCCACACACUCGUCCCAUAGCCGACAUGUCUCCACAUACAGACCCCCUUAUAAAGAUGAUAUAGUUGACUCUGUAGAAGACCCAUGAUUGGGCCUUCCAUAGGAACUAGAAGAGGGGGAAAUGUGAAAUGUGAAACCCAAACAACUCCAUUUUAGGAUAGCACCGCCAUUUUGAGUAAAACCCCCUCCGGAGGAGAGAAAACGAAAUUUAAAGAGAAAGAAACUCAACGAGCCAAUCAAGGGAGGGCAGGAAAGUUCCUCAAGAAAGCCCCUCACCUCCCACCAAUCAGUAGCUUACAAGACUUCCUUAGUUAAAGAAUUAACCAAUCCCCUUAAGCUUCCCGCUUCCCCCACUAUACGGUAUAAAAAUAGAUUGCCGCCAUCACUCGGGGCCCUGUCCGCACGGCCAUUAGGUUGUGUGGAGGGAGUCCCUGCCCAAGCUUGUAAUAAAGUUCCUCACUGCUUUUGCAUCGAUCCGCGGCUCCUGUGGUGUUUGGUGGGAUUCCGCGAUCCG